GUGUUGCUAUGGUGAUGUCAGUCAGAAUGACUCCUCCUCUUCCUCUGAUCUUUCUGCUCAUGAUUCACAGGGUUUCUAGUGCUGAUUGGGGUGUGAGUUACAGUCCUUCACACAUCUGUGCACUAAAGGACUCAUCAGUGAUAAUGAACUGCACUUAUACAUACCCUACUGGACAUCAGAUCGAGAAAGUGUUCUGGACCAAAACAAAAGAUAAAAAUGAAACAGAAGAGUUUCUAGAUCUGUCUGAGGACCCUGAAUACAGUCAGAGGCUUCAGUAUCUGGGAGAUAAACAGCAGAACUGCACCAUCAGACUGAGUCAUGUGACACUGAAGGAUUCACACAUGUACUAUUUCAGAUUCAUCACUGAUAAAGGAAAAUGGAUUGGUAAAACAGGAGUGAAUCUUACUGUCACAGAUCUUCAGGUGGAGUCUCCUGAGAGAGUGACAGAGGGAGAUUCAGUCCGUCUGACAUGUAAAAGCAGCUGCACUCUGACUGACAGAGCAACAUUCAUCUGGUACAGAAACUCACAGCCAUUAACUGAGAGAAGAGACAGAAACAAUGAACUCCUGCUGCAGUCAGUCAGAAGAGAGGAUGCAGGCAGAUAUAGCUGUGCUGUACACGGACACAAUCACAUCUCUCCUGCUGUUCAGAUCAAUGUCAUGUACCCUCCAAAGAGUGUCUCAGUGUCCAUCAGUCCAUCUGGUGAAAUAGUGUCAGGAGAUUCAGUGACUCUGAUCUGCAGCAGUGAUUCAAACCCUCCUGCAGAAAUCAGCUGGUUUAAAGGAGGAACGUUUGUAGGAUCUGGAAGAAUCUACAGCAUCUCAAAGAUCAGCUCUGAUGAUAGUGGAGAAUACAAGUGCAGAUCCAUCAAUGAACAUGGAGAGAAAUACUCUGAUACUGUGACUUUAAAUGUCAUGAAUCCUCCAAAGAAAACCUUGGUGUCCAUCAGUCCAUCUGGUGAAAUAGUGUCAGGAGAUUCAGUGACUCUGAUCUGCAGCAGUGAUUCAAACCCUCCUGCUCUGAACUUCAGCUGGUUUAAAGGAAGAACGUUUGUAGGAUCUGGAAGAAUCUUCAACAUCUCAAAGAUCAGCUCUGAUGACAGUGGAGAAUACAAGUGCAGAUCCAUCAAUGAACAUGGAGAGAAAUACUCUGAUAAUGUGACUUUAAACGUCAUGUAUCCUCCCAGGAACGUCUCAGUGUUGAUAAAUGGAUCUGGUGAAAUAGUGUCAGGAGAUUCAGUGACUCUGAUCUGCAGCAGUGAUUCAAACCCUCCUGCUCUGAACUUCAGCUGGUUUAAAGGAGGAACGUUUGUAGGAUCUGGAAGAAUCUUCAACAUCUCAAAGAUCAGCUCUGAUGACAGUGGAGAAUACAAGUGCAGAUCCAUCAAUGAACAUGGAGAGAAAUACUCUGAUAAUGUGACUUUAAACAUCAUGUAUCCUCCCAGGAACGUCUCAGUGUUGAUAACUGGAUCUGGUGAAACAGUGUCAGGAGAUUCAGUGACUCUGAUCUGCAGCAGUGAUUCAAAUCCUCCUGCUCUGAACUUCAGCUGGUUUAAGGAGAAUGAAAGCUCAGCUGUUGGAUCUGGACAGAGUUUCAGUGCACUACAGAGUGGACGCUUCUACUGUCAGGCUCACAAUCAACAUGGAUCUCAGAGAUCAGACGCUGUAACUGUCACAGUUCAUCAUGGUGCUGGUAGGAAUGUGAUUGUGAUCGCAGCGACAUCUGGAGGAUUAUUCUUCAUCAUCAUCAUCAUCAUCAUCAUCAUCAUCGUCAUCCUCUUUAUAAUAAAGAAACGAAGGAGUGAUCAAACUGAAGAUCUCACAGUGAAACAGAAUGAUCUCUAUUCUGACGUGCCACAGAGAGUUUCAGUCCAUGACGAGCCUCUUUCUGAACCGGAUUCAGCCAAUGACGCUCCAAAGAGAUUCAGAGGAAACACUCCUGAAUCCAGAGAGACUGAGGAGAUCCAGUACGCAACUGUCCAAUAUCACAGAAAGAAAGAGACAAAGAGAGAAGAGGAGAACGAAAACCAGUACGACAAUAUAAGAGUUCAUCAGUCCGAUGCUGCCGUGAGGCAAACACUUCAAACUGUGGAAGAGCCUUCAGUGAUCUACAGCAGCAUCAAAUGAGUGACAGAGUGUAAAUGUUGUAUUAAUGUAUGUUUUACUGUGCAUGUUCUUACAACUACAGCUAAUGCUUCAAUAAACCUGAUUAGU